UGCUAAGUCUGUCUUCGGUGGAGCGACUUCCGGAUGUUGGAUUGGUUGUGAGGGGUAAACUGGUAUGACCCGAGGAUCUGCUGUCAUUUAUGUCGGUAGGUAAUAGGGAUUAUAGGCAGAGGAUGUGGAGCUGAAGCUCAAAGAUUAAGCUUUACUCAAGAUUUUGGAGUCCCUUUUCCGGAUCUUCUCCGUCAUGGAUGGAGUAGGGAAGCCAAGAUUUGGAGGCAGCCUUGGUAACCAAGCAACCUACCUAACCCGCUUUACCACGGAGAGAGAGAGAGAGAGAGAGAGAGAUCUAAUCUUGGAAAGAUCCAAAUGCUGCAGCACCCUAUGGAGGUUUAAUAUGCUGGGAAUCCAAGGCGCUAGCUGCUGCAUCAAAUUCUUAUUCCAGGCGUAGAAGCACGCAGGCUAUCUAUCUCGAAGUAAACAAGUGAGUUGUCCUCGAGAUCGUGUCUGUCAGCUUUGCUUUGUAUAAGCAAGAAAAAUCCCAUCGUAUACUCGAACAUCAAGGCAGGCACAGCCUUGGAGUGAGUGGUGUUUCGUUCAGUAACUCUCGACAUUCUGCAACCUUUUACUCGGAAAUCAAUGGCUUCAGUCUUCACUUCAGAGGUCACUUUUUCUUUAUUUGGUUUUCCUUUGUGUUUCUGGAGUAAACCAUGUAAAGAGUCUCACAUGGAGCACUCGUCCCUUAGCUUUGUGCUGGUGGAAGACAGGACCGAAGAGAUGAGGGGCUCCUAUGUCCCGUCUUCUGGGCCCUUCCACAGAAUGAGAUGAUGACAGAGUAGCUUUGUCUUUAAGGUUGCACGGACGCUUGGACCGGUCUUCCCAGGUGAACAAAACCCCCGCCCUCCACCACAAGAAAGAGCGGUCGACCGUCACAACAGCAGCACUGAACACUGUACCAUCUCCCACCAAAUGAAUCAUUGUGUUGAUCAUGAUGCAGACAUACUAGAUUUUCCUCUCUCUCGAUAGAUCCAUCCCACAUGGAAUUGUAGCUGCUAGAUCAGGUCCCAUGGAUUCGUAGUCAAAUCCACCAGUGUCCGUAUAUUGCGCGAACCAUCAAUUGGUCUCCGUCCAACGGCGGCUACAUAACCUAUACAUAAAGAGAAACGCAACACACACUACCGACCGACGCUUGGUUGAAAACCAUGCCCAUGCCCGAGGCCUCCGAUCCGAUCGGCGCCGCAGCUGUCGGGUUCCCUGCUAAGAAGAUGGAAGGCUUUGUGGAAGCUCCUCUGUCCGAACGAGGGCUGGAGAUAGCCAAGAGUCGAGAAGAGCUUCUGCGCCUCCUGCACGAUCUCCCGGAAUCCGAAUUCGAGCUCUCCCUCACCGAUCUUGUGGAGAAAGGAACCGGGGUUGCCGGUGAUCCCGUGGCGAACAAGGCCGCGUCUUUGCUUGAAGGGCAGCUGAAUCGGGCCAAUGUCGUCAGUAAAGAGAGGAGGAGGAGGAAGAAACAGAAGCGAAGCAGCAGCAGGAGUAGCUUCGGAAGCAGCAGCGACGGCGUGCUGCUCAACUUCUACGUGCCGGCCUCCUUGUCGCGAAGCCUAACCACGCCGAGGUCGAGCCGCCGGCCUGCCGCCGCCGCAGCAACGACGGACUGGCGACGACAAGAGGACAGAGAGAUGAAGACUUUAGGGUGCUGGUCGGGCCUGUGGCAGAGGGGGAGGGGGAAAUGAAGGGGACACUUGGGUAUCUUGU